GAAAAAUGAGGAACUCUACAGAGACGGAGGCCGAAAAUCCCCGGGGAUUAUCAUCUGCUAUCUUGUAUCUCAGAUGUCCUGGUACUCGUCCUUCUACUUUACCAGUCGCAGCACGGCGUGGUACGGAAUCAGUGGAGCAUUUUAUACCGCUCUGGCAGGGGCUCUGGCUUUGUCUCUGAUGGCUCCUCUAGUUGUCCAACUGAAAACCAAGGCGCCAGGGGCUCGAACUUUCCUUCAAGUCAUUUACGCACGCUUUGGAAAGUGGCCGCACCUCCUCUUCUGCUUUAUUGCAUUCUCCAUCAACGUCACUGCUCUGUUGGCUCUGUUAACGCGAGCGACGACUGGACUUAUUCAGAACGCAAGUGUCACCAGUGAAGAAAUAGUACUCGCCGUAUUCAUUUUCGUGGUGGGUCUGGGCCUUACCUACGGCGGCAUCUCCGGCAUCUACACCACAACCUACAUCUACGUUGGCUUCUACCUCUGGUUCACCCUUAUUCUCGGCUGCUCUUUCGAAAACAUUUAUGACCUCAUAAACUGCCAGAUUGGACCAGUGGGCAACUACAAUCGCAGUUUCCUCACAUUUCGUUCGCGUGCCAGUGCACUGAGCACAAUUGAAGAUUUUGGCAUGUCUCUGGUCUACACGGUGAUGGAUCAGUCCUACUGGCAGGCUAUCUUUAAUUCUGAUCCGGAAUCUGGCGGGUUCAGCCUUCUCGCUGCAGCACUCAUCUGGUUUCCAAUGCCAGCAGUCUUCGGCACAGCCUGCGGCCUCGGCUAUCUGGCGCUCAACAUGGCCUACGGUAUGGUACAACUCAGCCCGGACAUGGAGAAAAUGGGAGCAGACUACGGCUUUUCAUUGGACAUACAGCAGGUACGAGAUAUGUAUGUAACGUCGCUGAAUAUCUUUUAUUGGUCAGCAGUCGGCCCAAAUGCAUGA